CACUACACCUCACACUUCCAGAUCAAUGUUAGAGCGGCAGAUGGGAGGACAGCCCCACCGUAGGAAAAAAAAUUCUCUAGCUUCUUUGGUAUUCACGUCAAAUAUGACUUUAUCAAAUAAUUCGCGAUUGUGCUCCACAAGAGUUUCAUAAAGGACGAAUGAUACCCUGUAAAGGGAGGAGGGAAGGACGAGUUUCGGACUGAGGCUGUUCAAAACGCGGUAAUGGCUUGUUGUCUGUGGCGAUAUCGCUGUCGGAUCCUGCUCUGCUUAUGUACACCAUGCAUUCUGUUAGGAUGCCUCUUUAUCUACGUUGCAUUGGCUGUGUGUUUAUCCAUAAAUUCCUCCACCUCGCCUGUUGGGAUGCCUAGAAGCCCUCCUUUGCCUCCCUUCUUCAUAGCUUCAGGGCUCAAUAAGUCUGGGAUCCUGGCCCCGUUUCCUAUCAAGUCCUUCUGGAAAUAUGACCUGAGUAAAGAAGCUCACUGGAACCUCAUCCAGCACAUCAUGGAUCGCCAGCACAGCCCUAUCCUACAUCCCAGGACAAAUACUUCACAAAAUAUCUCUGAUCUCGACAGCUAUUUAAGGUCAACACAGCAAAGCGCUGGAUGCUUUCCUAAUUACGAAAUGAUCUGGACAGUAUCGGAUUACUUCUCUCUGCCAGCUCAGAUACAAAGGUUUGUCAUUUCCAUGCACUGUAGAGACUAUCCGCUGCUCGUUGACCAGCCUAGGGUAUGCAGUAAAAAUCAGAGUGAGGCUCCGAUGUUACUGCUGGCCAUUAAAUCGCAGGCGUCCAACUUUGAAAACCGCAAAGCCAUCAGGAAGACGUGGGGGCGUUCAGGUUGGGUAAAGGGACGUGUAGGGAAAGGGGGGCACGUGCGCAGGGUUUUCCUCUUGGGCAGAAAUAAUUCAGGAAACAAUCCAGAUAUCGUGAAGAACCUGAGAGAGGAGAGUAACAGAUAUGGUGACCUCCUCAUGUGGGACUUUUUGGACACUUUCUUUAACCUCACGCUGAAGGACGUCCUCUUCUGGGAAUGGUUCUCGAAGAACUGCCGGGAUACUCGCUUUGUGCUCAAGGGUGACGAUGACGUCUUUGUGAGGACACCAGCUCUCUUGGACUACUUAAACAACAAGGAAGCGGUUCGCUCGAACACAUCUGGACACAGUGAGAUGAUGGCGGAUUUCGUCGUAGGAGACGUCAUCACCUCUGCUGUCCCUUCACGCUCACAAAGUAGUAAGUAUUUCAUCCCUGAUAGCUUCUAUAAGGGGAUGUACCCAUUAUAUGCAGGGGGUGGAGGUGUGGUCUACUCUGGAGCCUUGGUCCUCAGGCUUCUCCAGGUGUCUAAGAGAGUUCACCUGUUUCCCAUUGAUGACGUUUACCUGGGAAUGUGUCUUCAGAGGCUGGGGGUCGUUCCUAUCCACCACCCAGCCUUCCUCACUUUUGAUUUCCCUGAAGGUGAAGCGCAGGAACCCUGCGCCCACCAUACUGUCCUGCUGGUCCACAAACGUAGCCCCAAAGAAAUGCGGAAACUGUGGGCAGAGACCCUGAGACCAAGCCGUGAGUGCAGAAAUACUGUACUGAGAGAUGAACUUUUAGAAAAGAAGAAAAAGGAACGUGAGAAGAACCUACGAAAGGAAUAACUUACUGUGAAGUUACUUGAGCCGAACACAAACCAAAGCAGAUUUGACUCAGGGAGCAUCAGGGAGAGAACAGAAGUGCAGCAAAGCCAGGCAGAGACACUACACUGGUCUAGCAGGUUUUGAAGAGAAGAAUUUCUCCCCCAGUUAGAUAGACAAGAAGUAUGAACGACAACUUAAAGAUGGCUCAAUGCCAAAGCUUCAUCGGAAUUAGUGUCUAUAAUUCAUCUGAAUACAAUGAUCAUCAUGUCUUUUUUGAACUGUCUUGUUAACAGUAUUUUUUCAGUUUCUUAAAAUAUAAAUGAUAUUAAUAUAUAUUUCAUGUAUAGACCAUUUAGAUUCUAUAUAGCCUUCUUUAUGGGCCUCCACUAUGCAGUCAUAUAUAGAGAUGUCUAUUUAUGAAAGUCAUGUCAGUCUCUAGUAGGCGUGUAACUCUCUCACCUCACAAUUCCAUUUUAUACUGACUGUUUAUGAAAUGAUUCCGUACAUAAUGAAAUCUCAGAUUUCACCACAAUCUGUUCAGCUUACUUUGGUACGAUUCAGUAUUAUUUUUAAAAACAUUCUGAAUACUCAAAUGUAGGCGGAGAAUCUGUUUAUACAGUAGUUUAAUACAGACAAUAAAUACAAAACACUAUGCUUUUUGGUUGGAUGUUUACAUUUGAAAACAAACAUUUGGCCACAGAAAUCAAUGUAUAUGUUAUUGAAUAUGAUUAUCAUUAAGGGUGGGCAAUAUGACAUUUAUCAGCAUCCUAUAAAAUGUCAAAUAUGCUUACUUAAAGAACAGCUGCAUAUUAAAUUAUGAAGACAGCAUCA